AUAUACAGUCCAUGGUGGUCCCUCUGACAAGCAACCGUGGGAUUAGCUAAAUAGUGCAGAGAUGUGUGUGCCUCCUUGGUCACCUCAGGAAACACUCUCCCCGAACCCUUUCCAUCUCUGAGACUGCGUUAUACGAGCGCCGAUUUGUAUCAGGACAGCUCUGUCUUACGGGAACAUGUUAACAUCUGUCGCUUGGGGGAGAGCUGGAAAACGAACUUGCGAAAGCUAAGCUAACCCGAUAGCCCGAUAGCAGGCUCGGCUCGACGACAUAAUAGGCUGCUGUGCUUCUGGGAACACUGUGUGCUCGUCUUGUCUGAUCAACCCAGCGCUAAUCGAGGAGACCUCUCUGCGAUCUUCAGAGCACAUCUCGGUCGGUUUUCUGUCUGCCGGGUGCCGUUGUAGCGAGACCGUCUACCCCGAGCCCAGGAUGGAGUGGCACUAGCCGACUUAGCCCGCCGCCGGUGUCUUUGCAGAGCGCUGCUGUCAUUGCUCUGCUAAAAAUACACUUUGUCCCAUGGUCUCUGCGCCUCCAAAAGUGGUAGGGCUAGUCCACAUCGGACUCCGGCUCUUCUGUUUAGGCUUGCUCGGAGUCUGGCACUCUACAUGGUCACCGCACUGAGUUUAGGACUACUGGAAGAGCGAGUCGGACCCCGAGGUGGUGAGCCCCGCUGGCCCGAUCCAACGUCACAUCCUUCCGCCCGGUGGGCAUCAAGUUCCCCGGUGGACGGAGGAGAGCUCUCGUUGACCGCUGGCCGAAUAUCAUUUUGCCCCAAUGGCCUUGUUCCGUCAUAAAUAGUUGCAUACACAAGCCUUGGUCGAGCCCAGGGCUGCGAGACCGAAGCUCUGUGAAGGUCAGAGAAAACUGUGUGAGAUUGGCGAGGCAGACUCCAUCUGUCCAGAGCACAGCACCAUGUCGGAGGAUAACAACGCGGACAAGUUCAUCAAGGAGACAUCCAUUCUCGACGAGUACAACAUUAACUGGACGCAGAAGUUGGGAGCCGGCAUCAGUGGACCCGUCAGAGUUUGUGUGAAGAAGUCCUCUCAGGAGCGCCUGGCCCUGAAGAUCCUUAUUGAUCGGCCCAAGGCCAGGAACGAGGUGCGUCUCCAUAUGAUGUGUGCCAACCACCCGAAUAUAGUGCAAAUCCUGGAGGUUUAUGCCAACAGCGUCCAGUUCCCACAUGAGUCCAGCCCGAGAGCGCGACUCCUGAUAGUUAUGGAAAUGAUGGAGGGUGGCGAGCUGUUCCACAGAAUCAGUCAGCACAGGCACUUCACUGAAAAGAUGGCCAGUCAGGUCACAAAACAGAUCAGUCAAGCCUUGGAACAUUGUCACUCCCUGAAUAUUGCACAUCGCGACCUGAAGCCAGAGAACCUGCUCUUUAAGGAUAAUUCUCUGGAUGCACCUGUGAAGCUGUGCGACUUUGGCUUUGCCAAAAUCGACCAAGGAGACUUGAUGACCCCUCAGUUCACUCCUUACUACGUAGCACCUCAGGUACUUGAGGCUCAAAGAAGACACCAAAAAGAAAAGUCUGGAAUUAUACCUACUUCCCCUACUCCUUAUACCUAUAACAAGAGCUGUGACCUGUGGUCCCUCGGCGUGAUCAUCUACGUGAUGCUGUGCGGCUACCCCCCCUUCUACUCCAAGCACCACAGCCGCACCAUCCCAAAGGACAUGAGGAAGAAGAUAAUGACGGGCAGCUUUGACUUCCCUGAGGAUGAGUGGAGCCAGAUCUCCGAAAUGGCCAAGGACAUCGUACGCAAGCUGCUGAAGGUGAAGCCGGAGGAGAGGCUGACUAUUGAGGGAGUCCUGGCUCACCCUUGGCUUAACUGCACCGAGGCCCUCGACAACGUGCUGCCCUCCGCCCAGAUGAUGAUGGACAAGGCGGUAGUCGCUGGUAUCCAGCAGGCCCACGCAGAGCAGCUGGCUAACAUGAGGAUUCAAGAUCUGAACGUCAGCCUGAAGCCUCUAAACUCUGUCAACAACCCAAUCCUCAGGAAGCGCAAACUACUAGGCCCCAAGCCCAGUGACAGUUUCUUCAUCCAUGACCCAGAGAUCGGAGGUGAAGACUCCAACGUCGCGCUGGAGAAGUUACGAGAUGUCAUUGCACAGUGUAUACUACCACAAGCUGGAGAAAACGAGGAUGAGAAGCUGAAUGAAGUGAUGUAUGAAGCCUGGAGGUUCAACAGAGACUGUAAACACCUGAGAGACGGCCUGCCGGGGCUCAGCUGGGGCGGACGAUCCUUCUCCGAUAAAGUGGACCGCUUGAAGUUGGCUGAAAUAGUGAAACAGGCUAUCGAAGAAAAGACGAAUCUCCAGGAGUCCCAUUAGCAAACUGCUCUUUCUAUCUUCUUUUUAUAUAUUGUUUAAUAUGACACUUUUUAACCCAUAUCUGUAAAGAGGCUUUUUUAUGUAAAAUAAUGUGCUAAUUCUUUUUUUUUUUUUUCAUGAAUUCACUUGCAAGACCUAUUGUACAGCUGUAGAUAUAUUUCAAAGAGGACUCCUUCGUACUAUCUUUUUUUUUUUUUUAAAUGGAAACUUGCAAUGAACAUUGAAAAAAUAUAUUUUCAUUUUUGCAAAAAAAUAGAAAAGAGAAAAAUCAGUUAAAUGUAUUUUCUGGGAGGGAAUUUUUAUUAACUGAUUGUCCAAGGUGUCACAUGUUUUAUCCCAGUUAUUUCCUUUUUAAUUUUUCUAACCACCCUACAACUAAUUUAAUUUAUUUAAACAAAGAUUUCCAUUAUUUUAUACCUCACAAAGUCGGAACAAGCCGUCUUUAAUUGUUCUUCCACGCGCUCUAAUUCUGAACCUGCGGGAUAUAAAUGACCUUAAUCUUUGUUUUUGAGUGACCUUCCUGUGACCUUUUUUGUUCGUGUAAAGGUCACGGCAGACUGGAAACGGAGGUGUCACAAAACCGGUCAGACCGCAGCCCCGAAUGAAUUUAGUUACAACCCGUUACUGUUGAAGCUUGUGAGAGACGCCGAUAGAGCGAGAUCAAGGCAGGCUGACAGCAAUGUGUUUUGGGGUCUUUGGUCAUAAGGACCACUCGCUAUCUUCUAACUGCCUCAGAAGACCCUGGCAAGUUCAACGCCACCCAUGUAGGUUUCACGAUGAUGGUCCUGAAGUUCAAGUCUGGCAAUCACAGUGAGGUUAAUUAUUUCAUAUCAAGGCCUUUUACGUGUUUUCACAUUUCUGGUGGGAUUCUGAGGGCUCUUGAGUUCAGUAUUCAGCAACAGUUGUUCAUCUGUGAAACGCAACCUGAGCUGCUUUGACUCCCGAGUCGUAUUUACUGGAAUUCAGACCGUUAACACUUGAUCCAUUUCGAAGGGAGACCGCUUGCUACCUGAGCCAAUGGAAACAAAAACAGCCUCCUUCAACAGGUUUCAUUCUGAUGUAACCUGCAGUGCUUCUGAAUGUGCAAUAAUGAAUUCAUGUGUCCAUGGUGUGUGCAUGCACUUGCUAGUGAGAUGUCAUCUUUUGAGUCCGUCAGUAUUACCGUUUUCAUUUCAAUGGUCUGAAUACCAGGAAAUACUCCCCCUCCCUUCACUCCUCGUCCUCCUUUAGUAGUAAACGUGUCAUUGGUACGUUGCCACUGCUCCAGUCUGAUUUUAUUUCUUCAAAGAGUGGUUGAAAGGCGGGACUUUUCUUCAGUGCCUGAUUAAUUCUUCAAUAAAUUUUAGCGUUUACUUUGAAAAUCAACAGAUUCUAUGAAUUUCACCUUUUUAAUGAGGUCUUUCAUAAAGGAACUUAUAAAAAGAUGAUUUUUUUUUUUUUUUUUACCUUAAUGAAAACAUGUUUACUCCGAGUCUUCAAUAUCUCGUUGCUGCUCAGUAAAAACGUUGUAAACUGAAUAAUCUUUUCUUUUAAGAGUUAAUUAAAACAUUAAUAGCACCUGAGAUUAUCAGUAAUAAGCCCAUAGCUAAACAUCAACAGCAUCAUUUAACGGCCUAGAAACAUGUUCUGAUGAUAUGAAUCUGGUCUUAUUCACACAAUCUGUCGGCCAUGAAGAAGCAAAAAAAACUCACUUAUUUAUGUUUGGCCAAGAAACUGAGGGAUGAUUUUUAAUUUUUUCAUACAGCUCCCUUCAAGUCUUAAACAGCACCCACAGCUGGUGUUUUAAAAAGGCUUUAUUACAUGAAUACACUUUACGCUCAGAUGUGCCUUCUCGGUCGGCAUCUUCAUUCUUGGCUGCUUUUAUCAGAGCAGCAGGAUCACAGGAUGAAGGGGUCAGAAGCAUAUCAGUAUUUGUCCUUUUGCUUGUGAUUGGCUCCAUGUUCUGAAAUGAAGGCUUUCUGUCUACAAAUGAUCAUCAUAUAGCUAUCUGGUAUAAGUACUCUUAUAUCAAAAUAAGUGGGCCCUUAUUUGCCCCUUAUUUGCCCCUACUCACACAUAUGGUUCAACAUUUUGGUUUUGUUUGGGGGUUUUUGCCCAUUUUUAGAGAACUUCCCAAUAGCCUGUAGGCAGCAGUAGGUUAGCAUAUCUUCUCCUAGACAGGAGACAAGUUGCCUGGUAACAACAACGUCACAGUAAUCGACACAUUAUGGAAGGAGUUGUUUGCUUUUUUUCUUCUCAAUUGAUUUGUAAAAUCACCAAUUGGUCCAUCUACCCGGGGUAGGGGGCCAGUCUGACCAUUUAAGAUUUAAUUGCUGGUUUUUGGGUAACAAAAAUCCCAAAAAAUAUUAAGCAUAUUUGUCCCAAUGUCAAACUUUUCCAUUGUUCCAUUGGGGCCAAAUUUGUUCAAACUCACAGAAUUGGUUGGCAGCUAAUGCUUUGACCACGUCUGUGUGAGAAUGCGUGCCACUGUGUAGUGAAUUGCGUAUGAAUGUCUUGUGCGUUUCAGUCCUACCUUCUAUUACUGGAGGCCUAUAAAUGAAUCCAAACAGCUUCCUUUAAAUCUCCUGCUGCACCCACGAAUAAACCGAAUCCUUCGGUUCCCCGGUGAGCUCCAUUGUUGUCGAAGGGCAGCGUAUUUAUCAGCAUUUAUUGCUAAGUUGAGCCAUAAAUCUUGAUACUGCUAACAAUGGGGAAACCCCCCCCCAGGGGAAAGUCUGCCUCGGCCGUCCCAAAUAAAUCCCAGAGCGGUGGUUUGCUUUGAAGACGCUACCUCCCUCCUCACAUCGUCUUGCUGGGUAGUUGCUGCUGCAGGAUGCCCUCGGUCUGACUUUUCAGCUGCAGACAUAUUCCCAUCCAGUAGGAAAACGCUUCCACUAGCCACUCCUCAGUGAAGGGGGACCGGAUUUCCGAUUUUUAUACCAGGAAAGAUUGCUGGUUCCCGAUGUGAAUGCUGACUGCGGAUAAAUAAUUACCCCUGAGAAGGACCCGCAAGGCAGUUGAAUGGUUUUAGGCUGGACCAGUCUUGAAAAAUACCAGUUGCUUCUGUUCCCUCUGUGUAAAGUGUGGAGAGGUGGGGUUUUUUAUAUCUUUUUGAGUUGUUUUAACAUCGCGUUUAGUUGUUUUUCUCUGGCCUGGCAGUCGUGUAGCGUGCACCUGAACCCCUCAGGAGAGACCUGCUCUGCUUCUGUCUGCCCUUUCUUGCCUUCUUUGGAAUCCUCAUCAACAUGCUGACUUUGUAAUAAAGGAAUUCUUUGACUUUUGAA